UUAUUAUGUUUGUUUGUUUGUUUGAACCUGCACCAUCAUCAACAAUGCAAGUUUUGCAGAACAACAACACCAACACCGCCACGAUCCGCAUUUUUCCACCACUCCAUUUUCGCGCCUGAUCAUCGCUACUCGAUCUCAAUCAACCUUCCUUCCAGAUAUUGUUGUCAAUCGUAUGGAGGAUUAAACCAGAGCGUGUUGUUGUUGAUUCUGCUUCUAGGUUUGAUUGAUUGAUUGAUUUUUGAGGAAUUGAGAUUGAUCGGCGUGAACAAGCAAUGUCUAGUCGGAGUGAACAUCAUCAAUCGGUUCCCCUUUCGGUGCUGUUGAAGCGCGAAUUGGUGAAUGAGAAAAUUGAGAAGCCGGAGAUGGUCAUUGUGCAUGGCCAGGCUAGCGAGAAUAAGAAAGGGGAGGAUUUCACGCUGUUGAAGACGGAAUGCCAGAGGGCGGUGGGGGAUGGAGUCUCUACAUAUUCUGUUUUUGGGCUAUUCGAUGGCCACAACGGAUCCGGUGCAGCUAUAUAUACCAAGGAGAAUCUUCUAAACAAUGUUUUAGGUGCAAUUCCUCCUGAUCUUAAUAGGGAUGAAUGGGUAGCAGCAUUGCCUAGAGCCUUGGUUGCUGGUUUUGUAAAAACUGAUAAAGAUUUUCAGCAGAGAGCAAAAACAUCGGGAACAACUGUAACCUUUGUAAUUAUAGAAGGAUGGGUUAUAACAGUUGCAUCAGUUGGUGAUUCCCGUUGCAUACUUGAACCUUCUGAAGGUGGGAUUUAUUACUUGUCAGCAGAUCAUAGACUUGAAACCAAUGAAGAGGAGAGGAUACGUAUCACUUCUAGUGGGGGUGAAGUUGGUCGGCUAAAUACAGGUGGAGGUGCGGAGGUUGGUCCAAUGAGAUGUUGGCCUGGUGGCUUGUGUCUCUCACGAUCGAUUGGUGAUAUGGAUGUUGGUGAAUUUGUUGUCCCUGUACCAUAUGUAAAGCAAGUGAAGCUUUCCUCAGCUGGAGGUAGGCUUAUUAUAUGCAGUGAUGGAGUCUGGGAUGCUCUAACUGCAGAAACGGUCCUUGAUUGCUGUCGUGGCAUGUCAGCAGAGUCUGCAGCACCACAAAUUGUGAAAGAAUCUUUGCAAGCAAAGGGACUUAGAGAUGAUACAACCUGCAUCGUUGUUGAUAUAUUACCCCAGGAGAAGCCACCUAUUUCUGUGCCAAUACAAAAGAAACCGGUAAAAGGAAUGUUGAAGGCCAUUUUUCGGAAAAAGUCCUCUGAUUCAUCUAUGGACAAAGAAUACAUGGAGCCCGAUGAGGUACGGGAACUAUAUGAGGAAGGAUCUGCUAUGCUUUCAGAAAGGUUAGAAACAAAAUAUCCCCUCUGCAACAUGUUCAAGUUGUUUAUAUGCGCAGUGUGUCAAGUGGAGAUUAAACCAGGAGAGGGUAUUUCAAUACAUGAGGGCGCGCCUAACCCCUUAAAAUUACGUCCCUGGGAUGGACCUUUCCUUUGCUCGAGUUGCCAAGAGAAGAAAGAAGCCAUGGAAGGGAAAGGAGCAUCAGAUAGACUUAGCAGCGGAAGUGACUAGUGAAUUAUCAUGUACAUUUGCAUAUUGAGAGUGACAAAUAUUGUUCAUAGAACGGGAAGGUCAAAUUUCCAAGCCAGUGACUCUCUUCUAUUACCUCGAGGGCUUCUCAGAAUAUGGAUCAUCAAUUUUGGAAUUCGACGCGAAAAUCCGCAAGGACUUCUCUGUGUUUUCUAUGCAGAAUGGAGAGACUAACAGUAGCAGCUUGAUAAAAUAUUUCUGCCUUGGAAGAAUGGGGUAUGAAGCGUUGUAAAAAUUUCUGUUUAAAGUGAGGGUGCAAAUAGGUCAUUCAUUCUUUCUUAUAGUCCUUUUUCUCCCCGGACCCAUUCAUUUGAUUUGUAUGUGGGUCUUUUGGAGUAUAAGAAAGUGUCCUUCUUUGUUGUAUUAUUACACUAUAGGGAGUUUAUUUAGACAUCCAAGGCCAAUUUCACGAACACGAUUAGACGUACGUUGGUUUUGGAAUCUAUUUGUUGAGAGAAUGUUAAAUGAUUUAGUGUAUAUUACAUUGCUUGGGAAUUAAGAGAAACAAUUUACAAAAACUAUGUAUUUUUAGAGGGUAAUUUUUUAGUUCAGAAUGAAGGAUUUCAAUUUCUAUAAUAUCAUACGGAAUUUUGGAGA